AUGAAGCAUCAGUCGGUCAAGUUACAGGAGAUUAUCGAUAUUUUGGUGGCAGCUGGAUAUUUCAGGGCCAGGAUCAAAGGUUUAUCCCCAUUCGACAAAGUUGUUGGUGGCAUGGUUUGGUGUAUAGAAUCUUGCAAUGUGGAUUUGGACGUUGAUUUGCUUUUUCAGGAAAACUCAACUAUUGGUCAGAAAAUAGCCCUCACAGAAAUAAUUGUAGCCGUGCUGCCUAAAAUGAAAUGCCCACAUAGAAUAGAACCACAUCAAAUCCAGGGUCUAGAUUUUAUUCACAUAUUUCCUGUUAUACAAUGGCUAGUGAAAAGAUCUAUGGAAUUUCGUGAAGAAAUGUCCUCUUUUGUAAGAUCUUAUGCAGUAAAUCAGUUCGACAAACAGUAUCACACAAAAAAUAAGAAAGAGGAAAAGCAAAAAAAGAUGUUGGAGAAUUUACGAAUUGUUAGCGAUAUCUAUCGACCUCAUAGGUAUUAUAAAAGAAAAAAUGCCCCUCCUCCUGACAUUAAUUCAAGAGUACAAAUUACUUUGUUGGAAUAUGAUCACAGGGGUAGAGAUUCACAUGGUGGUAUUCCUGGUACUUCAACAAACAGCGAAGGGGGUAUAAUUGAAAAUAAUCAGACAGAAGAGAAACAGAUUCAACUCCUCUUGAACAGCCUGACUGCUGCCAGGGAGGAGACUCUGGAAUAUGAUGAAUUGGAUGAAGAAGAUAAACAGAAUCUCAUAGAACAUUAUGCAUCUCUACAAUCUGAAUUGAUGGAUGGAGGGGUGCAAUCAAAAGAAGAAACAAAAAUUGCUGAUUUAGAACAGCAAUUGAAAAUACUAAACGAAAGAUGUAAUAUAUUCAAGGAAACAAGACUGAAAAUCAAAGAUGAGUUGGAGACUACUCAAACUCUUCUUAGUGAGAUAAGACUGAAACAGCAGGAGGCAGACAGAGUUUUGAAGGAACUGGAAGCCGAAGACCAUGACUCUGAAAAAAUUAAAGAAGUAGAAGAAUUAGUAAUACUCAAUGAUGAUUUGAAGGCUCAAGAAGUUCAGUUUAGAGAAAACUGUAAGCAAGAAUUAGUUAGAUUACAGACUUUGAUAGAGGAAACAAAAAAGACAAAAUCCAAAUCUCCGACGAAAAACAGUUCGGAAAUUAACAAAGAAAUAAAAGAAGAAUCAGAAAAGAUAAAAACGCUUAGGUUACAGCUUGCAAAGAAAAAUAGAAUAGUUUCUGCUCUGCAAAGGCAACUUGAUGAUGUUCCUAAUAGGGCUGAACUUGCCCAGUACCAAAAAAGGUUCUUGGAGUUGUAUAAUCAAGUUGCAGCGAAACACAAAGAAACAAAACAAUACUACAGCUUAUACAACACUCUGGAAGAUACCCGAUUAUACAUGAAGAAAGAACUAUCAUUGUUGAACUCCAUAUCCGACAGCUACCCUGAGGCGAUGCAAUCGGCAAGUGGCAAGGAGGAGUUCCUGAAUCAGUUCCAAGCCAUCGUGGAUGGUGUGCACCAGUCCAGACAGAAGGUUGAACUAAAGCUAACCGAAGAGAAGCUCAAACGUGACGAAUUGAGCAGUAAUUUGCAAAGUCUCGUCGAUCAGCAAAGGAGAUACGUGGCUGCGGUACGACAGUUGAGCAUUGAAUGUAGGAAGCACGAAACUUUGCUAGCUCAAGCCGAAAGUAGAUCUUGAUAGGUAGGGUUUCUGUGUGAGCAGAAUUGUUUAGUUGAACUCGUUUUUUGUAUGGUAACUGGCGACCUGGAAAUCUACCGUUGUAAUCUUUUGUGAGAUUUGUAAUGACCUGUCCAUUCAAAGUUCACCGAGCUUAAUAUAUUUUUAUUAUGAGGUCAUUUUAUGGCCGACAAGUUUCCUUUGGAAAUUGUCAACCCCAAUAUUAAUUAUGGCAUAUACUCAGUAUUGUGUGGGGUGGAUUUUUUAAGUACUUGGAAAACACUUUUAUGGUCCAUGAAAUAGAAAAGAGAAUCAUCAAUGAAUGGGAUUUAUCAACAAGGAAGAAUAUUUCAUUUUUGUAGACUAACCGCACAUUGGCAACUUUUUAGUUUCGGUUAUUAAAUAAUCUCUUGGUUCAAGCGACUUUGUGAUCUGAUGGAUGCCGUCUAUUAAAGCUGAUGACACUCAUCUUUGAUACCAACUUGAAGACGAAUGAAAGUAAGACCUUACUUAUACUUGAUUAAUAAGAUUUCCACUAUACAAAACCACGUGAGAGAAAGGUUAUCUUAGAUUUCCUUUAAACCAGUGGUAAUAGAUUAUGACACACAUUAUAUUUGAUAUAUCAAUUUAAAUUAAGAAUGAGAUUGCCUCAGUUGUUGAAAUCCAAAUAUUGUAUUUAUUUUUUUCUGUUAUGAAAUUAUAUAUUGUUUUAUGUACAUAGCUUCAUCAUGAGCAAAGUUUGUAAUGUUUUUAUGAAUAAACACGAUGAAUUUUACAUUA